UAUAAGGAAUUGAUGUGGGGUGCAUUGUGCCAUGAGAAAUAUAAUUUGAGGGUGGAUUUUGCCAAUUUAAAAUAUUAGGGUGCAAAGCGCCAAUUAGCGUUAAUUAUGGGGUGCAAAAUGCAAUUCACCCCAAAUAUACAAAAUAAAAAAUCUCCAACAUAAAUAUAUAAUUUCAAAAAAAAAAAUAAAAAAUUAUCAGCAAUUGAGAACGAGAAAUAUGGCAUGGGGAGGGAGAACUUCGUGAGUGAUUCGCAUGGCAGACUACAAACUAAAUCAAAUACCCAAAUCGCAAUAUCUGGAAAUCCACAUGCUUAUCUGCGCACUCCACAUUUUCCGUCAAACAAUCGGCACCAUGUCCAAACUCCGGCCACCGUCACGGUUGCGGCAGAGGAAGCAGCCGGUGUGUCUGCGGCGACGGGAUGGCUGCGUCUUUCCUCAUAAGAAGCUUUCCCAGUUGCCUCGAGAAUGGAUACAGAUUGGACAGUCAGCAGCAGCUCCUGGUAUUGGGAGGAGGACAAAAUAUUUAGGAAUUCGUACUGGACUAGGGAGGAGGAUAAGGCAUUCGAGAAUGCUCUUGCACUUUACCAUGAUGACCCCAAUCAGUGGGAAAAGAUUGCAGAGGCAGUUCCCGGGAAAACAAUCGAAGACUUAAAACUUCACUAUGAAGACUUACGUGCUGAUGUGGUGGCAAUUGAGUCUGGCGAUGUACCUCUGCCUAAGUACCCAAAUAACGUCAGUGUUCCCCAAAUGAGUAAGAAACCACCGAGAAGAGGUGUGAAACGGGGUAUUCCUUGGUCGGUAAAGCAACAUAGGCAAUUUCUCGAGGGGUUGGAGAAGUACGGGAAAGGUGAUUGGAAGAGCAUUGCAAGAAACUGUGUGGCGGGCAAAACAAACAGCCAGGUGGCAAGCCAUGCUCAGAAAUACUUCAAACGUCUGAAGUUAGGCAGUAAGAAGGGCAAAAGGCCAAGCAUCAACGAUAUUAGAACUGUCCACCCUGAGACCACCCCGCCAGCUGUCGAGGAGCCAGCACUGCCUGUGUAUCCGAAAGGAGCUUCAACAAGUAUUGCUCCUUUCGGCGGUGUAACGUCUGGCCCUCAGUUUGCUAGCAGCCAGGCUAUGAUGAUGUCAGCAGAGGCGGACCCAGGUUUGCCAGCGUGGAGCAUGUUCGUGGGCCCGUAUGGUAGCCAGCCGAUAAUUCAGGAGCCCGUGUGUUCAUCAGCUGAGAUGAUGUCAGCGUAUUGUUAUUAUCAUCCUCGUACUGAAAGGAUGGUGCAAGAGAGUGGUGGUGUGGCUGCUGCUUCUUAUGGUUCGUUUGAUAUUCCUUUUACCUCGGAGUUUGGGGAUCUUGAUGUGGAAGAGUUUGUGCUGCCUCAUUUCUUGGACUGAAGCGUUUGGCGCUUGCUAAGUCAAAACUUAUUAAGUAGUAUUCAGAUGGUGAAUUUAGUAUGGAUAAUAAUAUGUAAGGUGUGAUGUUUAUAAUGUUACUUAGACCUAUUGUAUGUAUUGUUGUGCAGUAUAUAUAUAUAUAUAUAGAUACAACUGUUGGCUUAUUUUAUGUUGAUUGAGCUUUUGAUGUUGUGUUUGGACGAAUUCCAGAUGAGUAAUGUUUGGGUUU